UAACUUCAAGCCACCCAGCCAACCGCUUCUGUUUUAUUUCUUGCUUUUAAAAGGGUGAAACAUGUCAAACACAACAGUCAAACAGAAGAGACCUGCUCUGAAAGUCGCCAAGUCUUCCAAAACUCUAAAUGUAUCAUCUGGAGUAUUUCGUGUGAAUAAAAGCAUUUCAAAAACCAUUAACCAUUCACUCAGCGGGAAGAGCUUCAGUUCGGGAGGUGACAGUAAAGUUCUUGACAAAAGCUCGGCCCAAACACCAAAACACACUGUUCAGGUGUUUGAUGAACAUGGCCAGGACGUUGCUCCUCGCCCAUUAUAUAAUCCAGAUCCUGGGGUUUUACAACCUAAACAAGGAAAAAUAUUUCCUGCACAUGACACAUCAUCAUGGACUACCAUGACAGACUUUCCCUCGGUAGCCUUCCAGACCACCAACGCAAGCAUUACUGGACCGUUUACUAGGUCUUUUUUUGGGAGCAUUUCAGCAUCCAGAACAAGCCAGACAUUGGAAUCAGCGACUGAUGAAACUAAAGACUUGUUAGUGAAACAAGACUUGUCUAACAGUCUUUCAGAUGUUCAGGCUCGUAGAGAGGAGGUGCAGGAGCAGGUCAGGGAGGACGUAUUGGACAGUGUGGUGGAUUGUUACCUGACUGAGACAGAGACUAUCUGGCUGCUGGACAUUCCUACAGUGUCCGUGUCAGAAGAUUCAGAGGAUGCUGAGGCAGUCAAGGAAAGGAACAACACUUACACAGAACUGUGCAAAAACAGACAGGGCAACGAUAAAUAUGUGGAGCGCUCAAUGCAAACAUUCAAUGGUGCACCAAAGACGAAGGAGGUCCAAUGUGAUAGCAUUACAAUGGUAGACAAAGCUGUCAUGUCCACCAUCUGGGACAUGUAUGAUUCAUUCUGCAAUAAAAGUGAUGUCAGUGGAAACACAGUGGUGUCUGAUCAUGGAAAUAAGACUGAUGUCCCAGACUCCUCCUCCAUGAGUAACCUGGACCUGAACCCUAAGGGUCCUGAACAGAGUAUGUCUAUGGUCAGCAUCAGCAGUACAGUCAGUGGCUCAAGCGCUCAACUUGAAAAGAUGGCCUGUGUGCUUCUGGUGGAGGAAGAGCCAGAUCAUGAGCUGAUCUUACAGUCAGACAAAUUCAAGCAGGACCUAGCAGUGAUGGAAAGGGUGAUUCUGGCCAAUAUCUUCCAGCCCAAGCUUGCUGCGUACAGACAACUGCCUGUAAUAGAGGACCCAGACUGUGUGCGGAUGGCAAUGGGGUCUAAAAACUCCCUGAGUCCAUUCCUUGAGCAUCUUUGGGCCUUUGAGUGUGAACUCACCAUGGGGCAAAAUGUCAGCAGUAUGACCUGGAACAAGAAAAACCCAGAUCUUCUUGCCGUGGGAUAUGGAAAGCUUGAUUUCAAAGAUCAGAAAUCUGGACUUGUGUGCUGCUGGUCUUUGAAGAACCCCACGUGGCCUGAUCGAAUCUUUCAUUGUGAGAGUGGAGUCACUGCACUGGAUUUCUCAGCUUGUAAUGCCAAUCUGCUGGCAGUAGGCAUGCAUGAUGGCACCAUUGCCAUUUAUAAUGUCCAGGCCGCAGAACAAACGCCCAUCAUUGACAGCAGUGACUGCGUCAAGAUGCACACGUGUCCGGUGUGGCAGCUCAGAUGGAUUGAUCAUGAGAGUGGUCUGGCUGGAGAGGAUAAAGGGGAAAUACUCAUCUCUGUGUCAGCUGAUGGAAGAAUCUGCAAAUGGGUGCACUACAAAUGCCUGGAAUGUGUUGACCUGAUGACACUAAAGACGCCUAACAUGGAAACAAACCACCAGCAUAGGAACCCAGCGGCCUCAGGAUUGUCACCGGGGCUGUGUUUUGAUUUCCAUUCUAAUGAUUCAAAUAUCUACCUUGCUGGAACAGAGGACGGUUAUAUUCACAAGUGCUCUUAUUCAUAUAAUGAAGAAUUCUUGGAAACUUACAAAGCCCACAAAGGUCCCGUCUAUAAGGUGACAUGGUCGCCGUUCUGUCCAGACGUUUUCCUGAGUUGUUCCUCAGAUUGGACUAUUCAACUGUGGAGGCAGGACCUCCAGAGACCCGUGCUUUGUUUCACCUCUGGACAGAAGGCUGUGUUUGAUAUCACGUGGUCCCCACACUGUGCUACUGUCUUUGGAGCUGUCAGUGAGGGCAAGGUGGAGAUCUGGGACCUGAGAAUCAGCAGUCUGGACCCGACAAUUGUGAGCGCGACCUGUCCAGGAGUGAAUCCGACAGCUCUUCUGUUCACCUCUGAGACAGACUGUGUUCUGGUGGGGGACAGUGAAGGGAAGGUCACCGUGUACAAGCUGAAGAACCUCAUAGAUGGAGGUAGCACACAGGUGGAGACGUUGGAGGAUGUAAUUCAGUCCACACUGUCCAGUCAACACUGAAGAGCAUUAGGAAAGACUGGUACAGGCUCAUAGAUGGAUCAGGCUGUUUGUUUUUACCUCUCCAUCAUCAUAAUCUAUAUCCUCUGGCAGACUGAGUGACUCCAUUUUACAUAACAAUGGGAUUACAGCACACAUGCCUGUUUGUGCCUUAUUGUGCAUCCAUGUAGGAAUAAAUAUAUUCCUCCAAAAAGGCAUGUUUUAAGGUAAACUACAGUACAGUGAAUUUAUUUUUUAUUUUGAUUAGAUGAAAAUGUCUUUUAUGUAUUUUUAAGCCUUUGGUUGUUAUAUGUUAACUUGUGUUAACAACGCAGGUACUAUAACAACAUUGCUUCUGAAGCUAUUAAAAAAAAAUACAAUAUAUUUUGUAUACAAACAUUUUGUGUGGGAAAUACAGACAGAAUGUAGGUGUUUGUUCUGUGCGAAUGGACAGUUUUAUUACCACUUGCCCGCCACACAUUACAGCUUAUCGACGACAUGAGUACAACAUCACACUUUUACAAAUGACUGUCAUUACUGAACUGUUGUUCUCUCUUACAUCUAAAAAAAAGCGUCU